AAAAAAAAAGAUCCCAUUGAGAAGGAACAGUGAGGAGGCUAGCACCACCACCACCACCAACGAAAGAGAGAAAAGUGGAGGAGAGAGAGAGAGAGAGAGUUAUGUUGAAAGCCACACGGUCCCAAAAUAGUCACAAAGGAAAAAGAAUGAGAUUGUUUUUGUAAAUUGUAUUAUUAUUAUUAUUAUUAUUAUUAAUAAAUCCCACUGAUCCAAUACAGCCUCAGGUGUAAUCCAAAACAAAAAAAGUAGAAUUUUUUACAAACACCCAAUUUUCUUUCAAAUCCCAACUAUUUCUAUUUCUAAUUUCUAUAUUAUCCUUUUUUUUUUUUUGAAUUUUCUUUAAUAAGGAAUACCGACGAAUAGGGAGAUUUGAAAACGGAGAGUCUUCUUUUCUUUUCUUUUCUUUUUUUAAUUUUUAAUUUUUAUUUUCCGAAGAAGCAGAGAUUUGUAUUGUUUGUUUUAUUUAUCGGAGCGAGAUCAGAUUGUAAUUUGAGUUAGAUCAGAGACGGUAGAGAAGAAUACACAGAGAGAUGUCGUGCUCAUCGUCAUCGGGGUCGGAGGAGGACGAGGAGGGCAUUGACUCUUAUAGGAAAGGAGGAUACCACGCUGUUCGUGUCGGCGAUCAGUUCAACGGAGGACGUUAUGUGGCUCAGAGAAAGCUCGGUUGGGGUCAGUUCUCCACCGUUUGGCUCGCUUACGACACCACCACCUCUAAGUACGUUGCUCUUAAGAUCCAAAAAAGUGCAGCACAGUUUGCUCAAGCUGCUCUUCAUGAGAUUGAAGUCCUUUCAACUAUUGCAAGUGGUGAUCCCUCAAAUUCCAAGUAUGUUGUGCGGCUCAUUGACCAUUUUAAGCACACAGGCCCUAACGGGCAGCAUCUCUGCAUGGUCCUUGAAUUUCUUGGUGAUAGCUUACUCCGGCUAAUCAAGUACACCCGCUACAAAGGAAUUGAAUUGAAUAAAGUUAAAGAGAUUUGCAAAUGCAUUUUGAUAGGUCUGGAUUACUUGCAUAGAGAACUUGGUAUAAUCCAUACUGACCUAAAACCAGAAAAUAUUCUUCUAUUCAACACCCUUGAUCCUGCCAAAGACCCAAUUAGGUCUCACCUCAGCCCAAUUCUUGAAAGGCCCGAGGGAAAUCCAAAUGGUGGAGUUACCAUGAAUAUUAUUGAGAAAAAGUUGAAACGAAGGGCUAGGAGGGCAGUCGCUAAGAUAUCUGAAAGAAGAGCUUCUAUGGGAGGGGCUCCAAAAUCAGAGAGAAACCUGGAUGGGAUUGAUGUAAGGUGCAAGGUUGUGGAUUUUGGAAAUGCAUGUUGGGCUGACAAGCAGUUUGCAGAAGAGAUUCAAACGAGGCAGUAUAGAGCUCCUGAAGUGAUACUGCAGUCUGGUUAUUCCUUCUCUGUUGAUAUGUGGUCAUUUGCUUGCACUGCCUUUGAGCUUGCUACUGGUGACAUGAUGUUUGCUCCAAAGAGUGGUCAAGGGUUUUGUGAGGAUGAGGACCACCUUGCUCUGAUGAUGGAACUCCUUGGAAAGAUCCCACGGAAGGUAGCGAUUGGAGGAGCUCGAUCCAAGGAUUUGUUCGACAGACAUGGAGACCUAAAGAGAAUCCGAAGGCUGAAAUAUUGGUCACUUGAUAAAUUGCUGAUUGAUAAAUACAAAUUUUCUGAGACUGAUGCUCGUGAGUUUGCAGACUUUCUUUGUCCCCUUCUCGAUUUUUCACCAGAGAAGCGACCGACCGCGCAGCAGUGCCUGCAACAUCCAUGGCUGAAUCUCAGCGAUUCAACCCAGAGAGAAAUGAAGAAUGAACCAAGUAUUGAAAAGGUUAAUGUUGGGAUGAGCAACCUUCAGCUCAAGGUGGGAAAGUGAAGAAGGGAUGAAGCGUGUUGAUACCAUACAACACUAGUCUCAUGCCCCUCCCUCCACCUAUAUGACUUUUGAUUGUGAUUUAUUUUUGUUUGUUACACUCCUAAUAAGAUUUAUUUUUUUUAUUAACUAUAUAUUUUAUAAGAUGUAAAUUAGUAACGAUUCUUGUGACUUGUGAGGAAAAUACGUCACUGUGAUGACAUACUUGGUGGUGUGUGUAACUAGCCAGCCGAAACAUUACAUUACCACUGUUCUUUUAUAUGAUAUUUUUUACUGACGUGAAUUUUUACAUCACAAA